GUGACGUCACUGAUGUGCGAAGGAGCAACAUGGCGGCAGAUUACUGGGAGCAAGAAAAAUCCUCCACACUGUCACGCUGAAUCGAGCCAAAGACAAGCCGGCCGACGCCGGGACUAGGCCUCCCGGUGCGUCGUCCACGCUGGCUGCCCCACCCCCCUCAGCAUCGCGGCCCCCCCUGAUGGAGAGGAUGAGGAAGAUCAAGCGGCAGCUGUCUCUCACCCUGGGGAGGGGAGGGGCUGGGGGAGGAGAGCGGACGCUGAGCGACCACCAGGAAAUCACAUCACAUAGUGACUCAGAGGCUGGCGCCCUUCGUCCUUCUUCGGGGGGAGUGAAAGUCAGAGGGUCGUCUUCAUCAGUUCAGUCUCUUUUUCAGUCGUAUAGCCGCCGGCCUCGAGGUCUGGGACGCAGUCUGAGCUCGUACUUGAACCACAGCAGCAGACUCGAGAUCGUUCACGAGGAUGUCAAGAUGAGCUCCGAUGGCGAAAAUGAGCCCACAUCCUCCUCAGACGACAUCCAGAGUCCAGUCCGAGUUCGGUUGAGGACCAAGAAGCUAUCCACUGAGGACAUCAACAAACGUUUGUCAUUGCCGGCGGACAUUCGUCUUCCAGACGGCUACCUGGAGAAGUGCAGUGUGAUUGGUCCAGCUCUGUUUGAACAGCCAAUUAGCAGGCGACUGCGUAGAGUCUCGCUGUCAGAGAUUGGUUUCGGCAAACUGGAGACUUACAUCAAACUAGACAAACUGGGAGAGGGCACCUAUGCGACCGUCUACAAAGGUCGCAGUAAGCUGACAGACAACUUGGUGGCUUUGAAGGAAAUUCGUCUGGAACAUGAAGAAGGAGCUCCGUGUACAGCCAUCAGAGAAGUGUCUCUGCUGAAGGACCUAAAACAUGCUAACAUCGUGACACUUCAUGACAUCAUCCACACACAGAAGUCCCUCACACUGGUCUUCGAGUACCUGGACAAAGAUUUGAAACAGUACCUGGACGACUGCGGCAACGUCAUCCAUGUGCACAAUGUUCAACUUUUCCUCUUCCAGUUACUGCGAGGUUUGGCCUACUGUCACCGCAGGAAAGUUCUCCAUCGAGACCUCAAGCCCCAAAACCUGCUCAUCAACGAGCGAGGAGAACUCAAACUGGCCGACUUUGGUCUGGCCCGAGCCAAAUCGAUCCCAACCAAGACAUACUCUAACGAGGUGGUGACCCUUUGGUACCGCCCGCCAGACAUUCUACUGGGAAGCACCGACUACUCCACACACAUUGACAUGUGGGGCGUAGGGUGUAUCUUGUACGAGAUGACGACAGGCCGGCCAUUGUUUCCUGGUUCUACAGUGGAGGAGGAACUUCACUUCAUCUUCAAGUUGUUGGGAACGCCAACUGAGGAGAGCUGGCCAGGAAUCUGUUCCAACGAGGAAUUUGUGGCAGUAAAUUAUCCUCAGUACCCCCCAGAGAACCUCGGCGACCACACACCCCGGCUCAGCAGCAAUGGCGUCCAACUGUUGUCAAGGUUCCUGCAGUUUGAAGGAAAGAAAAGGACUUCAGCAGCUGAGGCCAUGACUCAUUGUUACUUCAGUAACCUUGGAAAAAGAGUGUGCACACUUCCUGACACGACGUCCAUCUUUUCUCUGCCAGAGAUUCAACUGGAACGAGAAACAAUAAAAUCAGCAGACCAAGUAAACAGUCUGAGCAGGAGGCGGAGUCUCCUCUUCUGACAUGGUCAGUGACGCAAACGUAUGCAUGCAGACGUCAGUGAAUGAACGACCAAUCGCGAGACAGGACAUUGUUUCUAUGGCAACAGGUCUUCCAUUUUUACCAACAUCACAUCUGCUCUGCGGUUAGUUUAACGUUCUGUUCACCUCAUUGAUGACAUCGUUGAUGACAUCACACGCUGUUCGGAGCGAAUGGCCACGGCUGGAGCGACAAUGUUUGCACAGGAAGAGUCACAUGAAGGAAGCCAUGUUUGUGCGUGCGACUGUAGAGCAACGUUUAUGUUUAUUAUUGUAAAUAAUUACAUGAUACACUUGUCUGUCCUGUUCAUAAGGGAUGCCUCGAAAAGACCUCUUUGGUCUGCUCUGAGACUGUUUUUUGUUGUCACGGCAACUAAAGCCUUGUUCACAGCACCACCCGCAAGUCCAUCAAACCAAACUGCUGACACAUCCAGCUGGAUUUGUCUUGGAUGGAUGUAUGGCUCAUGUCAUAUAUGCUAGUACAGGGAUGGGAAAACCUUUGAGCUCAAGGGCCACAUUUGAUUAGGUGUGUCUGUAUCUGAGCAAACAAACAACGAUGACAGUACCAUUCACAAAAUGUCUUGGGCAAUUACACAUUCCGAUCCCAUAUCAGUAAUCUUUUCAGGAACCGCAGUGGUACCACCCAAAGAAAAUAAAUAUCUGAUGUAGAAGCUUCUUUAAAACGUAAAAUGCGACACCAUGACCACUGAUCAUUAAUCCUGGCUAACAUUUCUGCAUUCGUCACAACAUGAGUAACAAUUCUGGUUUACAAUCAUCAGGAGGUGACUACAGAGUCAAUAUCACCACAAGGUGCCUUUGAGACGUCCCCAUUUCACCCUAGAAAAUCAGAUUUUCCAUUGAACUUCAUAUUCAUUGUAUUCAGAUGUUCUGCUAUCAGAAAUGCAUAUUGGCCAAGUUCCCACACUUUUAGAAAUCAACUGCAAGCAGACAAUGUACAUGCAAACAGAAAAAUAUGGGAACUUGCUGACAGGACAACUUUUCAUGAGCACACAGUGGACCUUCACUUGACGUGAUUCAGUUAGCAAGCUGACUGUGUACUGUUUAACCAAUAUAUUUAGAAUUUCUGACAGGUUUUUAUAUCAAUUGAUAUUUCAUUUUGACAGAGUGGACAUAUUAAGCUUGACAACAUCCAACUAGACAAAUACUAUGAUGAAAAUUCCAAAACAUAGGUGUAAAUAUUUACUCUGCAAAGAGCCACUGUUUCAGCUUCAGCCAUUGAAGAAAGACAAAAUGUUGGUUGUAAUGCCACUGAAAACAUCGUAGGAGUUCUUAAAGGGACAGUUACCCCAUAAUGGCAGGGUGGACAUUUCAGGGACACAUGCAAAAUGUCCAUUAUCAUCCUGAAAAUAGAAUAUUCCUGAUCAAAAUGACUCAUUUGAUCAAAUAAAUUGUUGUGGACAGUAAAACGAUGUAAUUUAUUUUGAUGAUUUUGAUGUAAACUACUUAUUACACACACUGUGGAUAGCAGAGGAGUGUGUGGGACAUGCUAAAAUCACGUACAUCCGAUGAAAAUAAAAUGGUAUGAAAUGAAGGAAACACAUUUUAAGAGACUUUAUUGUAAUAGUAUGCAUACAAAUGUUUGGCCACUAUAAAAAUCUGACCUCAGAGUUCUAUUGUUAUUAUUAUGAUUCUGAUAGGGGAGCAAGGGUACUUCAUAGUGAUAAUGACCCUACUACUACUUUUCCCUUCCUGCAUCAAAGGACAAUUCUGGCAGCUGUGAGGACCCUAAAUUUAUCACAACAAAAUCAUAUUUCCAUAUAUGUGGAAUUUCCUUUCAAUCUACUCUCAUCUUACGAAAGAAAGCACUUCCCAAUGUUUUCCACACCUUUUUCCCAAAAUGAACUCCACAACACACGCACCCAAAUUGUCGUUGCCAUUUUCAACAGAGGUAAUCAGCGAUCAUACCUAUUAUGUGGCGCUUAGGAGGAGUUAAAUCGAACCCGUGUAUUAAUUGAUACUGAAUACAUUUUCCCCUAUUUCCCCGGGGGUCUUGAUAAAAGCUCCCUGACACUUUUAGGGAACGAGGCAGCGAACAAAAGAUUGACUUGGUUGUUUCAUUUCAUGCUUGAUAGGUGGCCAGGGACUCUAAACACACGCCUAUUUGGAUACAAUACAUGAAAAAGUCCCUUUUACAUCAUAUGUGCCCUCUGAAACACACGGAAGAGCCCUCGUGGCUGUGCUGUGAACAGGUUUUAGUUCAUUCGAGUUGGCCUGCAUGCCGUUAAAGCUUCUUGAUCAGGGCUGGGCAAACUUUUGUGCUCAAGGGCCACGUGUUGAAAUGUAUGUAAAAUAGUUUAUUUUAAUAAUAAAAUACUAAUUCAUUCUCAUUUUUUUAAAUUUUAUCAUUCAUAGCUAAUUGUAAUUAAUUCAGCAAUUAUAAAAUAAAUUAAGUGUAUAUGUAUAAUAAAUUAAUAUUUUAUUAUCAGCAAUAAUUACAUUAUUUAAUGUGAUAAAUGUCAAAAAAAUAAUAAUAGAUUUUACAAACUGUUACAUGAAUGAAACAAAUAUUUUUAGACUCUUGUUUAAUGUAAAUGCUCAGUGGGGCAGAUUAAAUAACCACUGGUACUGUAUGUACUUUGCCCAUCCCUGUUCCAGAUGGUUGACAGGGCGUCCCUAAUCAACUGUCUCAAAGGCAUUUGACGUAACUGACGACGUCGCACGUCUCCGAUUGGUUGGCAUCAGCAAGUCAACUCUGUCUGUCUCUUUCAAACGGUCCAAUCAGCUCGCAGAAUGUCCGACACCAACACUCGAUUGCUGUGUUUGUUUGUAUUUUAAUGAUUACGGUUAUUUAUAUGGACUUGUAGCUUCAGGAAAUGGGCUGUGUUUAAUUGGUGCUGAUCAGAAGGAAUGCGUCCGCUCAUGCUGAAAAAGAUUUGACUUCACAAAAAUGUGAAAGGGUAGCGAUGCCACGUUGGGCUGAGCCAACUUGAUCAUGUGACUGUUGAAUGUAGUAAUGUUGCCUGAGUUUACAUUUAUUUUCAUUUGUUAUUGAGAAAAGCAGAGAAAACAGAAUUGUUGGCAAACUUUUUUUCAUUUGCACAAGACGGGAAACCUUUUAUUUUGCAGUCUUAUGUAAUGUUUUACUCCUGUCAAGGACUUUCAUUUUGAUGUAAUGUAUUCAGAUCCGAUUCUGUUUUCUCUGCGUCUUCGGUAAACCAAAGCUCUCUGCAAUAUAGCGCAAUGCAUGAUGGGACUCGUCGUUGUUCUUCCAGUGUCUUCUUCUCGUGUUGUACUCGCAAUAUAUUUACAUCACCAAAUAUUAAAAGUUUUUAUUUAUUCUCAA